UAACAACAACAGUAUCAGCAGCUUCAACAUUGACGUUUUGGUUCUACUUGUGUAACGGUUACAUUGUAGAAUGUAAGACAAUCACAUCGUGACAAAAACCUUAUUGUCUGCUUUUAUAAGACUCCUGAAGACUUAUCAGAUAAUCAAUUUUACAUCACUAUUGUAUGAUUUACUGCUUGAGUUUUUCAGUGAGGAAGUCAUUGAUUAUCUUUAUGCUUGGAUGCAGUGAACUUCAUUCUUCAAUAGGGACUUUGAUAGGGUCCUUAGGGGCGCUUCAUUGUUCUCUAGGACAGUUGUUAAUGAUGAGGCCUUAUAGAAGAUUAGAGAUCGAAGCAGAUGUUUGGCAACGCGUUUCCAUAACGCAACAUCUUAACAGUGCGAGAUACUGCAGCGUUUAAUAUCGAGGAGAAUUUUAUCAGAGUUAGUUGAUACUUCAAUUAUAAAAGUCAUAAAGAAGUAUGAUAUUUCGACGAGUUCUUCGACCCAGCUUUAAUUCUCCCGCGAUGCUCUAGUAAUCCUCCGUUGCUAGGUAUACACGGCAUUUUAUUCAGCGCUGAGAGCGGAAGACCGCACGAACUCUUUUUCUUUACGAGCAUGACGAGGGAAGGGUUCUUUUCUUUCAAGCUUUUGAGUGGAUAUUCUAUUUGAACGAACAGUCGGUCAGUAGCUGCAUUCGCAAUGGCUGGAAGAAUAACCUUAAAAUGAGUUGAUAUAUCAAGCUACCUUCGGAGUUUGAUUAAUAGUGUGGAAUAUUUCACCGUCAAGUGGCAUAUACAGUAUUUGGAUAUUUCACGCGAGGAAAAUCAAGUUUCCAUGGGUUAGUAAAAACUAUCACCCGAAUGGUUGCAGACGACGAAUACUCUAGCAGGGAGGAACGCGUCUCCAAAAACACUCCAGGAAAUAUCAAGAUUAUGCAUCUUCCAAGAUUGCAAGGCGGUGGGCAGGUGAAAUGGAAGCCGACAGAAAAGAAACGUCCGCACCACUCGUCAUCCAUCCAACUUCCGGCAGUCUACGAAACGUGGAAGGAGCCCUCUCGCGUCAAUAGGCGGAGAACGCAAGCUGCUGCAGCAGUUGCCGCCGAGGCGAGACGGUCUUCGAGGAGUGUGCCGACUAUCUCGAGAAGAAGCAAGACAGAAAGUCCAGAACGGGUUUCAAACUCCGCCCCUUCUUCCAAACCACUCCCUAGCAACCAUGACAGACACAACUCGGAUUUAACAUCUAAGAAAACCGUCACCCCAUCCCGGCUUCCUAAAAUUAACACGCUGGUUGAAGGAGCUCCCGAGUCCAACUCAUCGGCCGACUCUCCUACGCAAAAGCAAAAACACAGCAGGCCAAGAGAUGCAGGCCAUAAAACAACAUCUCCGCUUUCUCCUAAGGAACAGAAAACCAAUGACAUGGCAGUUCAUUCAAAAGGAGAUAGGUUAAAUGGCCAUGUAGAAGAAAACAACAACAACGUGUUGCCGAAAGUUGGAAAAGAGAAGACACACUCCAAAAAGCUUCCAACUGAUAGUAAACAUCACCUUGAAAAGAAAGACAAUGUUAUUUCAGUGCCAAAGGAUGGACCUAGUGUGCGGUUAAAGGCCUCAAAUCCAAGCGAGAAAAAGACUGAAGAUAAAGAUGGCAAAACCAAAGAUACGACGAAUGAAGGGACGGGAGACUAUCAAACGACGAAUAGAACUAAAGAUGAUUAUAUUGUAAAUAUUUCUGACAAAAGUGAACAGAUUUUAAAUGAUCUUCCAAAGAGAACAUUGGAGAGAACCAAGUCUGAUAAGAAGACAACUCUUAGCCAUACAUCUGUAGCGAAAGCCCGCCAAAAUAAAACCACGCAUAAAUCUAAUGACGAGGGUAAAACAAGAAUGAUAAAAAACGAGACUGUCAUGGACGGAUCGCACCCAAAAGAGCGACCUCAAACAAAUCUCACGAAUCAAAGAGUUACGGACGUCAACAGUCCGUCGAAGGCCCCGCCGUCGAGAGCGACGCAUAGCAGGAUUGGGACAGGCUUCAGUAGCAGAGUGAAUCCGCGGUCGAGGUCCAAUCAGUUCCGUUCGAAGCCGCCGUUGCAGCGACGUCAUACGAAAACCGGUUUCUUCACAUCCAGCGGCGAAUUCGUGACGAACGACGAGGAAGGGAAACAGAGCGAAGUAAGUGUCGAGACAUCGCGCACCAAACGGACAGACGCAUCGACGGCAACGCUGAAAAGCAACGUCAGUGGCUCGACGACGUCGGCGAUAUCGACGACUAGCAGUGAAAAUUCGAGGAAACCUCUACGCCGACGUCCGGUCAUCAUUACGAAGAAGACGCUAGCCAGGCAGAAGUUUUACAAUUCGGUGUAUAACAACCAACAUUAUAAGAUUCAACGACAGACUGCAUUCUUGAAGAAGGUCGAAAAUGCUCAACUGAAGAUUGAUGACGAAAAGAAUCGAGAAUAUAUGGAUACAAAAAAGAAGAAGUACGAGAGUGUUGUGAGACAAUACCAGACGUUGAAACGAAUACGAGAUAAAUUUGACGAGGAACAAGUGAAGAGAUUUUCCCGCCAAUACGUCUCCUGGCGAAGCGUGGAAGAAGAUCGCCUGAACAGACAGAGCUCGCAAUAUGGGUUACCAGAUAACAUCUACGAAGAUAGAUACGACAAGACCUUGAAAGAGAUUCCCAAGCUGACGAAACCCAAGUCCAAAUCCAACCUGAAAUCCGACAAGAAGUUUUCCCGCUUCGCGCGGUGGGUGCAGAACAUCCGGCGAUUUGAGCGCAUCCUGAAACCGAACAUUGGAGCCGGUUUGGAAGAAUCGAUGCUUCGCUCCACCAAAGGGGCUCUCGUAGAAGGGAAAGAUAUUGUGGAGCUACACCAAUCCAGGGAUGACUCGUCUGAGAAAGGACAAGGCCAGAUAAGAACAAAGAAAAUAGUGAAAGUUAGAAAUGUUAUCGGAUCAGCGAAACGACUUUUACAAGCAACUCAGGAUAUGGACGCAAUCAGUGAGGUAUCUGACGAGAACGAUGAUGGUGGCGACGAUGACUUCAGUGACGUUUCUUCUUUAGACCUAAGUGAUGACGACGAAUAAAGAACUAAAUAAAUCAGCGAACUCAUAUCAUCAUCAGGGCGCCCUUAUAACGCAAAUCUUAGUAAUGAAUAGCAAAUAUGAAAGAACACUUUAGAUUGGUUCCUGGUCAGUAUUUCGAACCAGAUACACAUGUAACAUUGAUCUUGAUUGGUCAGUUCAUUGAUUGCUAAUCUUUGCAGAGCCCAGAAUGUACUGGAAAGGAAAGAGUGCGCCGGUGGGGAUGUGAGGGGGGGGGGGGUCAGCAUUGAAGUCAUCAUAUCAUUCAUUUCUUCAAUCUUUUAAUAAAGAAAGAUAAUUAUUAGGAAAUGCAAAAUUAUCAAACAUCUUGCGUAUUGUGGUAAAAUCUAGUGAUUUUCAUACAUCUGUUCGACAUGUAUAAUCUGAUUUCAUGAGUCGUUUAAUACGAUUGUUGCAUAUGUGUUAAUUAAGAAAAUGAGAACAAAAUACAAUUUUUGAUAAUCUAUCAGGUAUUCAAAAAUUUAAGAAGUUGCUAUCACUCCAAGUUUAUCGCCACUUUCAUUUCACGAUUGUGAAUCUUUUUAGGUAAAUACCCACAAAUAUGCAAUUGCGUUUGAAAUUCUAUUGUUGAAUUGCAUAAUAUAACAAUGUUUGUAUGAUAUUGAUAGAUUGCUUAAAACAUUUUAUGCAAUAUUCUACAACAUUUUUAGAGCGUAUACUUAUCGAUAUUCAACUCAGGUAUAUUUGACUUCUUCCAAUUUUCUGGAAAAUUUACAAUUGUAUAUUUCACAAAUUACAAAGGCUGUCGUGCAAGAUGGUGAAUCAUUGAACAAGUGUGUCUAGGAAAGCUAAAUCUUUUGUAAACCAAUUUCUGGUUCGAUUUCAUGACGCGAGUUAUGUUUGGUUGCUUUACUUCUCUCUAUUGAAAAUGAUUAAAGUCUCUAACGAAGUUCUUGGACAUUUAGAAAAUAAUCCCUACUCAAUUUGUAAUCUUUUUAAUAUUGUCAAGCAGGGUUUAUCCAGAAAAAAAUGGGCAUUAGUACAAUUAGUUUAAUUUAAAGAUAGCCGAGGUAAAAUAUUAUUUUUGUUUUCGGUUUUAUUUCAUCCAUGUUUUUGUAAGACAUAUUGUUCAGGCCAGCUUAAUGCAGACCUCGAAAUGGCGGACAUAGUUAACGAUAUAUAUCGGUGCCGAGUUCUUUUCAAUGGAAUAAGGGAAGAGGAAGAAACCCUCUUUCAUUUCUGGUGGCUGAUAAAAUCAUGGCUGCCUUAUUUUGACAAUCAAAUGAAAUGCUUCACACUGUAAAACCGUUGGCCGUUUCAUAAAGCCAUUUACCAAUGAAUACCAUUUACCACAAGAAAGGAUCACCAGACGUCCUUAAAGUCGCUCUUAACUUACGAACAACUUUAUGACACAUUCACCUGGGGUGUUAAGACUCACACCAGUUAGUGUCCCUUGAGGACCCUAGAUUAGAGUUUGAACAUAACACCUAAGAGUGUAAAAUUACAAAAGGUGUUGCAAUAACACUCAUAUAGGUGUUGUAUUGACACUAAAAGUUGGCACGGGGUAAAACGGCUGAAUAUAACACCUAAGAGUGUAAAGCUAACUACAAAAGGAGUUACAAUAAUACCCAUAUACAUGUAGUUGUUGAUACCAUACGACUGAUGUAAUCCUUGAUGUACACCAAUUCAGCGCCACAGUUUUUUGCGGUGUGUGAGAAAUAUUAUAAUAUUUAUGACUAUUUCUUAUCAUUCCUUUGUGUAAUCAAGUCGAAAUGUUAAUUCUUCCGUCCUUUAGAACUGAAAUUAAUGAAACCAAUUGCGAAUUGGAUUUUUAUUUAAUUAUAUGUUGUUUAUGAUUAUGACUAUGUUCAAUGAUUUUGUUUAAUAUAAAUGUAACACCUUGAGUAAUGAUUCAUCAGAAAGUAAGCAUUAGAAAUACUAAUCAUUGUUAUUCUUAUGUUUCUUUUUUCAUGAUAAUUGGUAUGAUUAAGCAGUAUAAUUUAUCUUGCCAUUGCAUUUACAACUGAUUGUGGGUGUCUAAAUAAUUCUUUUGCUUUAGCUGCUUUUUAGGAGGUCAAAUUUGUGUAUGUUUUUAAAACUUAUUCAUACUCUUCUCAAUAUUUUAUUUAUUAUUAUAAAUACACGAUUCUAGAUCUUGUAAUUAAAUUGAAAAUUUAUCCAAAGAAAUAUCAUUAUUCAAGUAAUCUCCUGCAAUUUUAAUUCUUCGGUGCCAUCUUCAAAUUGUAUAUAUUUCCUGCAAACAAUGUAUUUAGUAAGUUAUUAGAACAUAAGUUUUGUAAUGGUGAAACGCACUAGCAUACAGAUGGGCGGGGGUAGGGAGGCACUUGCCCCCUAAAAAUUUAUCAAUUUUCUACCUGCUUGCUUCGCUCGCGACUAUUACGAGAUUCCCCCGUAUGCCAAGGUGUACCCCAACCAAAUUGACUUGUUAAGCCAGUGAUGAAAGAAAUUAGCCUUAUGAUGGGGUAACCAGUAUCAGGUAGCACCUAGGUUAAUUCAGAAUUUCUGGCUUGAAUGACGUUACUUAUUUCUGGGGAAGGGGUUGGGAACCGGUAUUAAAACUAGCAACUUGUCUCAUAUGACAUCACAUUCCGAUACUAUAUGCAUCAACAUGGUCUUGUUUAGGUUAUAUUUUUAUGUGUGUAUUGUGUUAUUUAUCAGAAGUAGGUAUUUUAUUUCUUUGUAGGUUCAAUGUUCAUGUGUUAUGACAAAAUCGAAUAAAUUUUGUGAAACAGUCUAAA